AUGCGUCGGAGGCACGGUUUUAACCCUGCUCCACACUCCGCACUCCACGCUCUACCAGCCACGCCAGCUGUGGAUCUGCCGCAAUCUUCAUCGGAGAUCGUGGGCUCGUGGGCCGCGACCGAAAAAACGGAGAUCUGGGUCAUGAGCACGUCGGCAACCAGGGGAACCCCCGAGCCAGGCCCCGCUUGGCUGGUGGAAGAGCGAGAUGCCUGCGGGGUGGGCUUCAUCGCCAAUCCGAAGCCGGAGCACAAGGUGGUGGAGCUCGGCCUCGCGGCGCUGGGUUGCAUGGAGCACAGGGGUGCCUGCCUCGCGGACAACGUAUCCGGAGACGGGUCGGGCAUCAUGACCUCGGUGCCGUGGGCUCUUCUCGAGCGCGAGUACUCCGACAUGGGGGUGGAGACGGACUCCCUGCCCCCCCGCGACCAGCGUGCGGUGGGCAUGCUGUUCCUGCCACAGGCCGAGGACGCCGCCGCCGAGUGCCGCUCGGUGGUCGAGAAGAUCAUGACCCAGGCCGGGCUGGAGUUUCACGGGUGGCGGUCGGUGCCCGUCGACCCGUCGUCUCUGGGCCAGCAGAGCAGGGAGAACCAGCCCAACAUUCAGCAGUUCAUGGUGAGCAGCGAGAAGACCUCCGGAGACGCCCUCGAGCGUGAGAUGUACCUGCUGCGGCGCAUGGCGGCGAAACUUCUUGUCGACCGUGGCUUUGAUUGGCAAUCGGACAUGUACAUCUGUUCGCUUAGCUCUCGCACGAUCGUGUACAAGGGCAUGACAAACGCCAACGCCUUAGGCAUGUUCUACAAGGACCUCAAGGACCCGGAUUACGCAACCACCUUUUGCGUGUAUCACCGGAGGUUCAGCACGAACACCAUGCCCAAGUGGCCUCUCGCCCAGCCGAUGCGCAUGCUGGGGCACAACGGAGAGAUCAACACGCUCCUGGGAAACAUAAACUGGGUGAGGGCACGCGAGGGGGGACUGGACACGUCUUGCGAGUUCGACCCUGAGGGGGAUACUCAGAACUUUAUCAACAACUGCGACAUCCAAGACGACGAGACCUUCGAGGCACUCGUGGACAACGGCAAGUCUGACUCGGCCAACCUGGACUCGGUCGUCGAGCUGCUGGUGCAGUCCACCAAGUCGCCCAUGGAGGCCCUGAUGAUCAUGGUGCCGGAGGCCUUCCGGUCCCAGCCUGCGCUCAACAGCAGGCCGGAGGUGAAGGAUUUCUACCGGUUCUGGGAGGGGCACCAGGAGGCGUGGGACGGGCCGGCGCUUCUGGUGUGGAGCGACGGGAAGCGCGUGGGGGCCUGCCUCGACCGCAAUGGGCUCCGCCCCGCCCGUUACAUGACCCUCAAGGACGGGACGGUGCUCAUGAUGAGCGAGACUGGCGUUGUCCCCGUCGACGAGGCUGAGGUUACGAGCAAGGGCCGUCUGGGCCCCGGCCAGAUGAUCGCGUGCGACCUCGUCAACGGUGGUUUCGAGGACAACUGGUCUAUCAAGCAGAAGGUGGCGGCGGGCCGGCCGUACGGGGACUGGCUUGCGCAGCACACCAAGAGGGUGGAGCGGCAGCCGUUUUCGGUGGAGGAGGACGCGAAGAACGAUGACCUGCUCGUCCCCCACACGUACUUCGGCUGGAGCAGCGAGGACGUGGACAUGCAGAUCGCCGACAUGGCCCAGAGCGGGAAGGAGAGCACGUUCUGCAUGGGAGACGACAUCCCCCUUGCGGUCAUGUCCGAACAGCCGCACGUCCUCUACGACUACUUCAAGCAGCGCUUCGCACAGGUGACGAACCCCCCUAUCGACCCGCUACGGGAAGGCACGGUCAUGUCGCUGGAGAUGAGCCUGGGGGCCCGCGGCAACGUCAUGAAGCCCAAGGCCGAAGAUGCCCGCCAGAUCAAGAUCUCCUCGCCCGUGCUCAACGCCGCGGAGCUCGCGGCCAUCCGAGACCUUGACGGCUUCAAGACCGCCACCCUUCAAACCGUCUACCCUCUCGAGAAGGGGCCUGGGGGUCUGCUAGCCGCCGUGGAAGCCCUAACCUCUGCUGCCGUGGAGGCAGUCUCGGGCGGCGCUGACGUCAUCGUCUUGUCCGACAAGACCGACGAAGGGCUGUCGUCGGAUGAGACUUACAUCCCCCCUCUGUUGGCUGUGGGUGCCACGCACCACGCCCUCAUCGAGGCCGGCGUCAGAAUGAAGGCUUCCAUCGUGGUGGAGACCGGGCAGGCGUGGAGCACGCACCACUUCGCCUGCCUUGUGGGCUACGGAGCCUCCGCCGUGCACCCCUACCUCGCGUACAAGUCUGUUCUCGGGUGGUGGUCGAAGCCGGUUGUCCAGAACAAGAUGGAAAGAGGGCUCGUGCCCAAGGUUUCUGCCGAGCAGGCUCAGGAAAACUUCCGGCUAGCCAUCGAAUCAGGCGUCCUGAAGAUCAUGUCCAAGAUGGGCAUCUCCCUCCUCACCUCCUACCAGGGGGCGCAGAUCUUCGAGGCGAUCGGGAUCGGGGGGGGGCUGCUGAACCUCGGCUUUAAGGGGACGCCCUCCCGCCUGGGUGGGCUGGAGACGCACGAUCUCGCAUGCGAGACGGCCUCGUUCAUGGAGAAAGCGUUCGGAGACGAGGGCCUCAAGAAGCUGGCCAACUACGGGUACGUGCAGUUCUUCCGGAGCGGAGAGUACCACCACAACUCCCCCAUCCUGAUGAAGACGCUGCACAAGGCUAUCAGGGCGGAGGACUACUCCAUGUACGAUCUGUACAUGCAGGCCCUCCGAAGCCGCCCGGUUACCACUUUGAGGGACCUGCUGGACUUCAACGGCCCCGGACGUCGCGAAGCCAUCCCCGUGGAGGAGGUUGAACCGGCGGAGGACAUCAUGCGACGGUUCUGCACCGGCGGCAUGUCCCUGGGUGCCUUGUCGCGGGAGGCCCAUGAGACGCUAGCGGUGGCGCUCAACCGCAUCGGGGGCAAGUCCAACUCGGGCGAGGGCGGAGAGGACCCGGUCAGGUUCCGUCCCAUCGAGGACGUAUCGGCAGAGAGCGGCGAGUCAACGUCCUUCCCUCACCUCAAGGAACUCAAGAACGGCGACCUGGCGGCGUCUGCGAUCAAGCAGGUCGCGUCGGGAAGGUUCGGGGUCACGCCGGAGUACCUCGUCUCCGCGGAGCAGAUUGAGAUCAAGAUGGCACAGGGUGCGAAGCCGGGAGAGGGGGGGCAGCUCCCGGGGCCCAAGAUCUCCGAGUACAUCGCGUCCCUGAGGGCCUCGAAACCCGGGGUUACUCUCAUCUCGCCCCCACCUCACCACGACAUCUACUCCAUCGAGGACCUGUCCCAGCUCAUCUUCGACCUCCACCAGAUCAACCCUGAUGCCGGGGUUAGCGUAAAGCUGGUGUCCGAGGUGGGAAUCGGGACGGUGGCUGCGGGAGUCGCCAAGGCCAACGCCGACGUGAUCCAGGUGUCCGGGCACGACGGCGGCACGGGGGCGUCUCCUCUGUCCUCGAUCAAGCACGCUGGUUCGCCGUGGGAGCUGGGUUUGGCCGAGGUGCAUCGCACUCUGCUGGACAACAAGCUGCGGGACAGGGUACUGCUCCGCACGGACGGCGGCAUCAAGACCGGCUGGGACGUGGUGAUCGCGGCUCUCAUGGGGGCGGAGGAAUUCGGGUUCGGAACGAUCGCCAUGAUCGCGGAGGGCUGCAUCAUGGCGCGCAUCUGCCACACGAACAACUGCCCCGUCGGCGUCACCACCCAGAAGGAGAACCUCCGCAAGAAAUUCCCCGGGACCCCCCAGAACGUGGUCACCUUCUUCGAGUUCGUUGCGGAGGAGGUGAGGCUCUUGUUGGCAGAGCUUGGCUUCAAGUCUCUGGACGAGGCGAUAGGGAGGGCGGACGUGCUGUCGGCCAGGACCGACGCGCCCCUCGCCAAGACGAACGCCGCCCUCAACCUGGACUUCAUCACCAAGCUUCCCGACGUUUCGCAGGACAGGUCCUGGUUGCAGCACGGCAAGCCGCACGGCAACGGUCCGGUACUCGAUGACGAGAUCCUCGCCGAUGCUGAUCUGACGAAGGAGUACUCGAUCGCCAACACAGACCGCUCCCUGGGGGGACGGCUGUCGGGCAGCAUCGCGUCUCAGUGGGGCAACAAGGGCUUCGAGGCGGCCGGGGGCGACCUGGAGCUGAGGUUCAAGGGCUCCGCUGGACAGACGUUCGGCGCCUUCAACCUCCCCGGGGUUUCCCUCCACUUGGAAGGGGAGGCCAACGACUACGUCGGCAAGGGGAUUAACGGGGGGCAGAUCGUUAUCGUGCCUCACAGCGCGUCGACAAUGGACGCUUCCGAGAACGUGAUCAUCGGGAACACUUGCCUGUACGGGGCCACGGGCGGCUCGCUGUACGUGAACGGUCGCGCUGGGGAACGGUUCGCGGUGCGAAACUCCAUGGCCGACUCCGUCGUGGAGGGUACCGGCGACCACUGCUGCGAAGUACAUGACCGGGGGCAACGUGGUGGUGCUCGGCACGGUGGGGAGAAACGUCGGCGCGGGUAUGACCGGAGGCGUCGCCUACAUCCUUUCCCCGAGGGCGAGUUCAUGGAGCACGUGAACCUCGAGAUCGUCAAGGCCCAGAGGGUGGUCACGCCCGAGGGAGAGGCUAUCGUGAAGGGGAUGAUCGAGAAGCACGUAGAGCUGACCGGGAGCCCGAAGGCCAAGAGCGUGCUGGCCAACUGGGAAGAGAACCUGCCGAGAUUCUGGCAGCUGGUGCCUCCAGCCGAGGCUAACAUCGCCGCCACGAACCCGAGUGUUUCGGAAGCGGCGGCGGCGGCAGCGGCGGCGGCAACAGAAGUAGCACCCGACGCAGCGGUACCCGUGGCCUAGGCGAAGAGACCGGAUCGCUGUACAGAUUUUUUUUUAAGUAAGCGUCACAAAGGAGUGUGGCAAGAUAAUGAAGGCCACUGUAGGUCACGUGAAACGUUGGCCCAGGGUAACAAUCAAAAUCAUUUAGGAAACGUCAGAAUUAAGCGGGAGAGAUGACAGGUUUUGGAAUUACGUUCGCUUGAGAUUAGGACGUGUUGGUAUAUGUCGGGAGGCGGGUUUAGUCUCCCGUAGAGCUGUCGCUGCCGGAGGGAGAUUCGUUUGAGAAUAUGGGACUAAGUUGAUGACCGGGGGGUAGAACAUAUUUUGCAGUGCCUGGAGAGGGCUUUACACUAUGGUAGAUGAGGCACACCCAAACACCAACGAUCGGACUUGGUAUCGUCACGAGGGUAUUUUGUAUGUGGACACGUGUCUGUCGCACGGAAACGCUGCCACGGUAGCGUCUGGAUAGUCACAGCAGAGCAUGUCGAGAGAUAUGAGCGCGGGCGAGAGGCCGUGUGUGCCGGUCGUUGAAGUUAAUGUUGUAGAAGGGAGGGCUAAGCCUGUCUGUCUGGAGGAGAAGGGUUUCUGCGUAGCAAGUUUAACAUGUCUCGUGCGCGGUGCUUGUUGGAAAGCUGAGCCGCAAGAGGACCGACAAUUCGGCCUUUAUGUUUCGGUGCUGCUGCUCCUGGCUCGGAGUGCAUGGGUAAUUUGGAGGUUGUUUCUAGUCGGUGGUAUCUUGCCGAGGUGUAUCGCGCUGUUCUG